AAUACCAUUUCAACAUUUACAUGGAUUUUCACAGACCUUUUUAUCACACUCAUAAGCAUUGCCAUGACGUCUAAGUUCGAGCAAAUUUUCAAAAGACUGGAAAUUAAUAAGGUGACUCACGAAAAAUUCUGGAAAGAAAUCAGACACGACUACCAGAAGUUGUAUAAUCUGAGCAAGUCUUUGGAAAAACAUCUGUCCUUCUUAGUACUGGUUUCUUAUUUUCACAACAUAUUUUUUUUGUGUAUUCAGCUUUACAAUAGUUUAAG